AGGCUGCUUGGAAGGCGAAGGCUGCGAUCGACCCAACAUCUCGCUGCCGAAGAGUCAGGAAGCCUUGAUCCGGGAGGCCGCCUCUUGGGGUUUGCCAGUGGUGCUGGUGCUCGUGAGCGGAGGAGCCUUGGACAUCUCGAGCAUCCAGGACUUGGUCUCGGGCGUCCUUUGGAUGGGUUAUCCUGGGCAGAUGGGUGGCAAGGCCUUGGCGCAGCUACUGGUUGGUGAGGUCUCGCCCAGUGGGCGUCUCUCCCAGACCUUCUACAGGGAGGAGUACUUCCAGCACGUGCCCAUGCAAGACUACAGCUUUCCUGCUCGCGCAGACUAUCCAGGGCGAGGCUAUCGCUUCGUCGAGGACAAGUGGGUUCUCUACCCUUUCGGCUUUGGCCUCUCCUACGACACCUUCUCGUACACGUGGGUCGAGCAGAAGGAGAAGGCCUUGGAAGAGGACCGCAGGAGCCGCAGCUGUCGCUUCCAGGUCCAGGUCUCCUCCCGUGAGGGUACGGGCAGUUCGCUGCUGUUCUUCCUCCGGCCUCCGGCGGAGGUGGCUGGGGUCGACGGGAUGCUGCGCAAGAAGCUGGUGCACUUCGAGCGACUGCCGCCCGCCAGGUCGCAAGUGGUCUCUGUGCGGCUGACGCCCAAGGACUUCCGCCUCUUUGCGGGCACCGAAGCAGAGAAGAGGCUGAUCACUGGGAGGUGGACCUUAGAAGUGAAUCAGCCGACAGAUCUGAGCCAAGUGAUCCAUGUGACCAACCAUGGCUGUAUGGCGGGAGAGGGGCCGAUCUUGCUGUGACCUGGAGAGGCAAAGGCGGGUGUAAAGAUGACCAGACAACGUGGCCCGGUUUUGAUUCUGCAUGGCCCCCACGAUACCGCAGGGGCGAAUUCCAGAAUUUUUGGCAGCCAGACAACAUUUAGGCCGAGGGGAUGUACUUUGAUGGGCGCAUGAGUCGCCAUCCCCGGAACCGACCAUCGAGGUCGGCUGCACAUUUGCGGUAGUAUAGGCGGCUAGGCGAAUUCAUCGCAGCGAUCGAAGGGACAGGAGCUGCGAGCUGCAAUCAAGCUCAAAAUACAAUGUCUUCAUUCCUUCUGUUGCCUGAUUUGGCAUCUUUGGCAUUUUUGUCGCCUUCCUUUGGCUUCCCUUAGUAUCCUUGAGCUUCACUGAAUGAAACACACAUGUUGCAGUAACCCUGCCGAAGACUGCAUGAUCAUACCUCCUUUCGA